GACGGCGCAGGCGCACAAGAAGCACGUUGGCUAGUGGCGUGGGCGAUGGAGAUGCAGAGCUUGGCAAGACUCUGUGUCUUGUGGAGAGGGCCUUUGGCCGCUGGGGUCCCGGCCAAGAAGCUCGGUUUCAGGAAGUUCGUCUCCAGCGUCUCUCCCCCAGGCAGAGCAUCUUCUAGAGCCUUAAAUAUCUUUGACCGAGAUUUGAAGAGAAAACAGAAAAAUUGGGCGGCCCGGCAACCCCAGCAUAGCAAGUUUGAGUACCUGAGGGAGGAGGUUGGAAGUCGAAUUGCAGACCGUGUAUAUGACAUAGCCAGAGAUUUCCCCCUUGUUUUGGAUGUUGGUUGUGGAAGAGGUUACAUAGCACAACAUUUGAAUAAGGAAACUGUUGGAAAGUGCUUUCAAACAGACAUUGCAGAAGCUGCUCUGAAAAAUACCUUAGAAAUGGAAAUUCCUGUUGUCAGUGUUUUAGCUGAUGAAGAAUUCCUUCCCUUCCAAGAAAAUACAUUUGACCUGGUAGUUAGCAGCUUAAGCUUGCAUUGGGUGAAUGACCUUCCUAGAGCACUUGGACAGAUUCAUUAUGUUUUAAAACCAGAUGGUGUGUUUAUUGGUGCAAUGUUUGGAGGCGACACGCUGUUUGAACUUCGGUGUUCCUUACAAUUAGCAGAAACAGAAAGGGAGGGAGGAUUUUCUCCACAUGUGUCUCCAUUCACUGCUGUCAAUGACCUAGGACAUUUGUUGGGGAGAGCUGGUUUUAAUACACUUACCGUGGAUACUGAUGAAAUUCAAGUUAACUAUCCUGGAAUGUUUGAAUUGAUGGAAGAUUUACAAGGUAUGGGGGAAAGUAACUGUGCCUGGAAUAGAAAAUCCUUACUGCACCGAGACACAAUGCUGGCAGCUGCAGCAGUCUAUAGAGAAAUGUACAAAAAUGAAGAUGGUUCAAUACCUGCCACUUACCAGAUCUAUUACAUGAUAGGAUGGAAAUACCAUGAUUCACAGGCAAGACCAGCUGAAAGAGGUUCAGCAACUGCAUCAUUUGGAGAGCUAGGGAAAAUAAAUAAUCUUAUGUCUCAGGAGAAAAAGUCACAAUAAAUAUUUUACAUGGUGUUAA